AACCACCAACACGACACCAUCCCGACCAACACCUGAGCUUCUUCGAACGCGCCCGAUUCCGAACAAUUGGGACACCCAUCAAUCGGCUUCAUACAGCGAACGCGACUCCAACUUAGAACUUUGCCCAUCUAUAUACCGUCUAAUAACUUGCCCUUCAUGGCUGUCGAUCCGCGCGUUCUCCAACAAGAGGCAGAGAAGACCCUCGCGAGCGCGUCCAAAGGCUGGGGUCUCUUCGGAAACAAGGAAGAAAAGUACCAAAAUGCGGCGGAUCAGUACAUACAGGCGGCCAACGCUUUCAGGUUGCAGAAGUCAAACACCGAGGCCGGCAAGUGUUUCGAGGAAGCUGCCAAGAUCUUCACUGAGAAGUUGAAGGAGCCCAACGAUGCGGCGAAUGCCAUGUUGGACGCCUUCAAGGUCUAUAGGAAAGAUGCCCCGGAUAAUGCUGUGCGCUGCGUCGAGGUUGCCAUCAAGCAGUAUACCAUGGCGGGUAACUUCCGGAGAGCUGCGUCGCACAAGGAGAACCAGGCUGAGGUCUACGAAAACGAGCUGCAGAAUAAGCCAGAGGCUACCAAGGCCUAUACAACUGCGGCCGAGUGGUAUGAGAACGACGGUGCUGUCGCUCUUGCGAACAAGCUGUGGCUCAAGGUGGCCGACCUCUCUGCCCUCGCGGGCGACUUUUUCGGUGCUAUUGAGAAGUUCGAGAAGGUUGCGGAGGCGUCACUCGGCAACAACCUGAUGAGGUACUCGGUCAAGGAGUACUUCCUCAAGGCCGGUCUCUGCUCCUUGGCGACCAAGGAUAUGGUCACUGCUCAGCGUAACAUCACCAAGUACGCCGAGAAGGACCCAUCAUUCACGGGUCAGCGCGAAUACCAACUCCUGGUUGACUUGUUGGAAGCAGCCUCAAACAACAACCUCGAGAUGUUCCAAGAUAAGCUUGCCGCGUACGAUAAGAUGAGCCGGCUCGAUGACUGGAAGGCGGCCGUUCUUCUCCAGAUCAAGAACAACUUUGAGGAGGCAGACAACGAGUUUUCAUAAACAGGGUGGAGGAACUUAUGAUAUACAGCCUUCUAUCACUGCCUGGUUUCCUUCUUUCCUUUUUCUUUUCUUUGUUAUCGUAUCGGCGUUUUCUGGUUGGGAGGGGGAUGAACUGUCAUAUCAUGAAUACGGUCAUCGACGCUUUGGUGAUUUACGGAAGACCCAAACAAACCUGCUGUCUAGGGUAGAAAUGGGCUUAAAGCAAUAGAAACUUGUUCCUAAUGGGUAUGCGUUAUUUGUACAAUCCAA